AACAGAGAAAACAUGAAAAAACGACAAUCUUAUUAUUAUCAGUGAUUUGUUCUACAUGAAGGAUAACAAGCCAGAAAUUCAUAAGAACUCGGCCAAGACGCUCUACAGACAAUUACUAUAGCUUGAGCUGCAGCAAAGUAGAAGGCCAAAUGGGAUUCCAUUCUCACUCUGCUUUUUCUGCCUUUUCUUCCUUUGUUCCCUUCACUUCUUUGGCAUCCUUCACCUUAGGUUGCCCCUUCUUAGGCUUCAAAAAGCAGAAACAUGAGCAACAAGGGCACUGGAACAAGAACUUCAUUGUGUUUCCUCUGCUUUCCUUUUUUUCUCAAAGUGUCCUAAAACUCGGGUGUAUAGAAAGAAAAGAUUCCUUCACUAUUGCAAUUCCUUUCUAUCUUCUUUCCCAUCGGAUUCCACUUCAAUCAUUUUCAGUAGAGAAGAUGCUGCCAAAUAACGCCAAUGUGGCUCCUGGUGGGGCUAUCCAUAGGCAAAAAGAUAAAGCUAAUUUCCCUCAAAUUCUCAGUAGGUUCUUCUUGUGGGUCACCUUUACCACAAAUCAGCUAGAAAGGAAGUGCUCCUUUUGAUUUCCUUGCUUCAUUAAAAUGAUUCUUAAGCUGGCAAGCACUACUGGAUAGGUAGAUUCUCAAAACCUUUGCAUGUGAGUAGAAAAUCAAUAUGGGCUACUUAAACAUCAUUGAAUAUGGAUCAUGCAGGACUAUUUUCAUGAUUAGAUUGUUGAAGUUGAAACAACUAAAAACAGACAUUAUACCAUUACUUUUCUCAUUUAUUCUCACUUUUUGGAGAGAAUUAAAGGUCAAUCCAUCCU